GGAUAGUCUGUUCAGUGAUGUUGAAGUUGUAAAACGUGUCGAAAGCUGAUCAGUAAUGUGUUGUAGUUUUGCUUCGAAGUAACAUCAAGUCGAACAUUAGUGAGAAAACCAUUCCCAAACAUAAGCUGUUGGUAAACAUCGCGCAUUUUUAGUUUCUUCUCUUCAACACAUCAAAACGGUUCAACUUCCUUCUCAUUCCACAUUGUUGAUCUUUUUUGGACAUUCAGUGGACGAAGCGAAUUCAAACAUAUCAAAGUUGACUUAUCAGCAAUUUCAUAUUUCGGUGAAAGUUCAUUAUAACCAACGAAAGUCAUUCAAACAUAAGACAAGAAAUAAUUAAAAUUUUAAAACAUUGACGUAAUUUAAGCGUCACACCAGAGAAGUGGAAAAAGUUGUUUGGUUGUGUGUUUAUUAUCUUGAUAGAAAAUAAAGAAACAACACAAAGUAGCUUCACAUAUACCUGAACAUCUGAACAUAGAGAGACAGAGAAAGAGAGUCAAACAUGAUUCCAACAAGAACGAGAAGAUCAAUUGUUGAAGAUCUUGAUGAUGGCGUUAGUGGAUUUCUGCAGAAACAAAAAACUUAUGAAAUAAAACUCUUUUGGCCGAGUAUAAUAGCUUUUGUCUACCUUCAUUUAUCUGCUGUUUAUGGACUUUGGUUGCUAUUGACUGUAGCUGAAUACGGGACUGUUAUGUUUGGGGUUGUUUCAACAGUGAUAGGAGUAGUUGGAGUCUUAGCUGGGUCUUAUCGUUUGUGGGUGCAUAGAACGUUAAAGGCUGAUUACUUAUCUCGAAUUUGUCUCAUGUUGUUUAACACAACAACUUCUUUACAAACAGUGAAGCAAUGGGCACUUGAUCAACGUCUUCAUUCAGUUUAUGAAAAUACUGAUGCUGAUCCAUUUAAUCCCGAACGUGGCUUCUUCUUCUCCCAUUAUGGCUGGUUUUUAUGUGAACGACAACCGACUAUUAAAGCAGCUACAUCGAAGAUUGAUGUAUCAGAUUUGGAGGCUGAUGAAGUGGUUCAAUUACAAGAGAAACAUUUUUAUAUUUUGAUGCCUCUGCUGAGCUUUAUCUUGCCAACAUUUUUCUGUUGGUAUUUCUGUGGAGAUACCUUGAUGAAUGCUUGGCACAUUGCAGCAAUGUUUCGUUUUGCACUUUCAUGGUUUGUGUUGGGCAAAGGUUGGGACAAACAUCAGCGUGUUUUCUAUAAUCUCGACCUUAAAUUAGCGUCAGCAUUCUUCAACAUGUGCAUGGUUGGUAAUUUUGAUGACGACCAAAAUGAGAAUCAAGGUGAAGGAGAUGAAAUAAACGAAGAAACUGAUCCAUCAACAGUAUUCGAUAAAAAAGAAAAUUAAAAGUUUUUCUCUGAAACUUUUAAAUUUGGUGGAAAGUGAUAGAUAUUUAAUUAACGUGGAUUAUUUCAAUGUUUUGUUUUAUUCAAAAUAUUACCAAGUUUGUGUUACCAACUUAAAUAAAGUUUUGUUUGACAAAAACCA